AUGCAAUUUGUAAUUGGUGGUUUAGCUGGUAUGCUUUCAUCUGCAGUUACUCAUCCAGUUGAUUCCUUAAAGGUAAGAAUGCAAUUACAGGGUGAAGGAUCAGGUGCAGUCUCAAGUGCAAAAAAAGGAACUUUUAGAAUGUUAGUACAUAUUAAUCAAACUGAAGGUUUUUUCACAUUAUAUAAAGGUUUAUCAGCAUCACUUUUAAGACAAGCUACUUAUACCACUACAAGAUUUGGAUUAUAUGAUGUCCUUAAAGAUAUGUUUAUAAAGGAUAAUAAGCCACUCCCAUUUUUUCAAAAAGUUCUUGUUGGUAUGCUCUCAGGUGCUGGUGGUGCUAUUGUUGGAACUCCAGCAGAUCUUAUUAUGGUAAGAAUGCAAGCUGAUGGUAAACUGCCACUCAAACAAAGAAGAAAUUAUAAAAAUGCAUUUAGUGGUAUAUACAGAAUAUCAAAAGAGGAGGGUAUUUUAAGUUUAUGGAAAGGUUGCAGUCCAAAUUUAAUCAGAGCGAUGUUUAUGACUGCUGGUCAAAUUUCAUCAUAUGAUCAAGCUAAACAAUUAUUAUUAGCAAGUGGUUAUUUUUAUGAUAAUAUUAAAACUCACUUACUAGCAAGUACCAUUGCAGCAUUUGUAGCAUCAGUAGUUACAAGUCCAUUGGAUGUAAUUAAAACUAGAGUUAUGAAUUCACCAAAAUUAGAAACCGGGGAGCCAGUUUAUAGAGGUACAAUAGAUUGUUUAACCAAAACAUUAAAACAAGAAGGACCAGGUGCAUUUUAUAAAGGUUUUGGUCCAUAUUUCAUGAGAUUAGGUCCACAGACAAUCCUUACAUUUAUUUUUGUUGAACAAUUAAAUUUAUUUUGGAAGAAAACUCAAAAUAUGUUUGGUAAAAGCAAAUCAAUAUAA